CGGUCCACCGGUGGACGGAUUACUAGACAAGGACGCAAGAGGAAUUCGUCCGCCGGUGGACGGAUUGCCUUCCAAUGUUGGCGAAAAGGUUCAGUCCACCGGUGGACGGAUUACGGCACAAGGUUUUGCAAGAGGAAUCCGUCCACCGGUGGACGUAUUGCCUUCCAAUGUUGGCGAAAAAGACGGAUUACUGGACAAGGACGCAAGAGGAAUCCGUCCGCCGGAUUAGCAAGAGGAAUAUUUCCACCGGUGGACAGACCUCACUUUCCGAAGAUCUUUUCGAUUCCAGCCUUGGGCCGGACUGGCCGGAACGAUAACAUCGCCGCAUCACAGGUGUGCGACGGGGUUCGCUGAACCUCCCGUCCUUUCGUAUUAUUUUUAUCACCAUCUGCGAUGGAUUCCUCGUUCCUACCAAAAACGCGUUCCGGACUCCCUACCAAGUACGCGUUCUGGACUCGACCACCCUCAAACUGGUCAACUCGGACAUUCCCGGAAUCCUGGAAAAAAACAUCCGGACGCUAUCUGGCAGCCGCGUUGUAGUUGUACACGAUUAAUCUGGAAGAUCCAAGCUAUGAUCUGAAGCUGGUGGGAUGUCAGACGAGUGCGCAUCGGUUCCACAAAGUCGUGUGGAGUCUGCUGGAUUUUGGUACGGCCACGACCACGAACCCGAACGGAGUCAUUGUCGGUGGUUGCGAAGGUGGCGUCAUCCUGGUUUACAGCGCUUCGAAGCUGUUGGCCGGGGAGAACGCGCUGAUGGUCCAGCAGGUCAAACACAACGGAGCGGUGCGCAGUAUGGACUUCAAUCCGUACCAGAAUUAACUGUUGGCCUCGGGAGCGUCGAGGUCGGAAAUCUACAACUGGAAUCUGAACAACACGGCGGCGUCGAUGACCCCAGCAACGAAGGCGCAACCAGUUGAGGAUGUUCAGGGUCUCGCGUGAACUCACAGAAAUGACUCAGCCAUGGCGGAUUGGGAGCGGAGCCGGUCAAAAUUCGUACUACGAGGCGGCCACCGUACAGCAGCGACAACACCACAGCGAAGAAAUGUACCAAAAACCUGGCAGCAGUACGGCGCGCAAGAAAUCCUACCAAACCUCGCUGAUCCGGUGUCUGGACUUUCUGGAUCGUGAUCGGGUACGCCGACGGGCGGCUCGAGUUCUGGGACGGCACCACCGGCAACUUGAAGGGCAUUCACGAGAGUGCACUCGCAAGAACGGUGUCACCAACAUCAAGCUGGCUGGGGACAAGGUGGUGGCGGCCCGGCUCAGCAGCCGCAUCGACUUCCUGCGGCUCGAAAUAUACACCAAGAGUCGGCAGAUCGACUGGGGAUUUUCGUUCGCGUACCGGCGCACGCACAUUCGCACCGGUUCGGCGGGUAGCUUAAGCAUAUUCCAGCAGCCGAACGGUCCGGCCAGAGUUCAUCACGCCUCGGAGGAGGAGCUGCGCGGCAUCCAGGUGUUUCACCAGCAGGGGCACUAGAACCGGAACCGUCAUGACCGGCAGCAUGGACCACACGGUGUAGUUGUCGUGAAGAAGAGUCACCAGCUGCAGUUUACGCUGCACAGUCACCUCGUGUCGUGGCCCGUUCGAGCCGCUGAAUCCCAGCUGGAUGUGACCUCGGUCGAGGACUACCGCAAGAUGCGCGAGUACGAGCAGGAAAAGUUCCUGAGCAUGGUCAAGCAGGUCAAGAACGCCGGAGCAACGCUCGCAAUCUGACAAAGGGGAUUCGACGACGAGGCGAACCAAUUACUGCUGCAGCAAGAACUGCCUGCCGUUCGCUGUCCCAUUCUGUGGUCCCGAAAUCGUACUGAUCCCCAUCGCCACCAGCGGCAGAAUCGUGCCUCGCUUGGGCUAAACUACACACAGGAAGUGGAACUGGUAACCGGAACUCGCCUGUUGUCGUCAUCGUGCUUCCGGCCUUUGUCACCGAACCUAAAAAUCGGCGGAGUCACGCGAUCCUGCCCGGUGCAUUAACUCCAAAAUCCAUACUUUUUAUAAUUGUUUGAGUUUUUAGAGUAAAAAUAAUAAAAUAAAAAUAGCGCCGUGUUGUUAAUUUAUUUUAAA